UUCACCAGGUGGUUGACCAGAUCGACACCCUGACCUCUGACCUACAGCUGGAGGAUGAGAUGACUGACAGCUCCAAAACCGACACCCUGAACAGCAGCUCCAGCGGCACCACAGCCUCCAGCAUAGAGAAGAUCAAAGUGCAGGCCAACGCCCCUCUCAUUAAACCCCCUGCCCACCCUUCCGCCAUCCUCACCGUCCUGAGAAAGCCAAAUCCUCCACCACCGCCUCCACGGUUAACACCUGUGAAGUGUGAAGACCCCCAAAGGGUGGUGCCCACGGUCCAUCCCGUGAAGACCAACGGCACCCUUCUGCGAAACGGAGGCUUACCCGGAGCACCAAGCAAAGUUCCCAAUGGAGACCUCUGCUGCGUACCCAGCAGUACCUUGGACAAGGCUCCCGUGCAGCCUCUGAUGCACAGACCUGAGAAAGACAGGUGUCCCCAGGUGGGGCCCCGGGAACGCGUCCGGUUCAAUGAAAAGGUGCAGUACCAUGGCUACUGUCCCGACUGUGACACCCGGUAUCACGUGAAAGGCAGGGAGGGGCACCUGCACAGCGAGCCUGGCUUCCCGCCCGGAAAGCUCCCUCACCAAGGCCCGCCCCUCCCGCCACCCCCCCAUCUCCCACCUUUUCCACUAGAAAAUGGGGGACUGGGAAUAAGCCACAGUAACAGCUUCCCUCCUCUCAGACCUGCAACUGUGCCUCCGCCUACUGCACCCAAACCACAGAAGACGAUCUUGAGGAAAUCAACCACCACAACAGUGUGAUGUAUGCCAUUUUUAAAAACUUUUUGUUUUUUUUUUAAUUUCUAUAUUAUAAACAUAAAAUGAUAAGUAAUGAGCACUUUCUACUCAAGCAAUAAAAAGCCCAAAUAUAUUAAUCCUGCAUUCAGCAAAGUGGCAUAAAAAUCGCCUGGUAAGUAUGCCGUCUAUUUUUAUCCGGGUUUACAUGAUUUAAAGCGUUGUACCAUCAGAACCCAUAGAAU